AAUAUUUUAGUAAAAAUGGCGGAUUCGAAUGACCUGCAGUGCCAGAAGAAGAUCGAUCCUCACUUUGGAACUAAAGCCAUUCACGUGGGCCAAAGUCCCGACCAGUGGUCUUUUAGAGACGUCGUUCCUCCGAUUUCGUUGACCACCACCUACAAACAAUUCGGUCCAAACGAUCAUGCUGGAUUCGAGUACAGCAGAGGCGGAAAUCCGACAAGACAAGUGUUGCAGAACUGCAUUGCUUCGCUGGAUUGUGGCAAACACGGUCUGACCUUUGCGUCCGGCCUAGCCGCCACUACGGCCGUGAUCCAACUGUUGCAGGCUGGAGACCACAUUUUGUGCGGCGAUGACAUGUACGGUGGCACAAAUCGGUACUUCUCGAAGAUCGCGUCUAAAUUCAAUGUGAAAUUCACAAUGACUGACAUGACGGACGACAAGAACGUAGCGAAAUUGAUUUUGCCCGAGACCAAGUUGGUGUGGAUGGAGAGCCCUACAAACCCAUGCAUGAGAGUUGUAGACUUGGAAUCGAUUUCGACGAUUGUUCAUAACAUACGAAAAGACAUCAUCAUAGUUGUCGACAACACGUUCCAGACACCUUAUUUCCAA